ACCUGUUGCUGGUUUCGCUGUUGCAAAGGAAAGUGCGCCUACAGGUGUCGCCUUCUAACAAGCAGCAAAAAGGCGGUAAUCUGUAUCGCUGUGCAUACGGUGUAAAAGCCUCGAAUCAAGACUUUUCUGUUUCUCGGUGCGCUCUUACUUGAGCCCCGGUCCCCAAUAGCCUUGCCUUUUUCCAACUGAUCUCCAAUCCAUCUCAGACGUGAAGCAAGCAUCUGUGCCCCGGAGCAGGGCUCUGAUCCCUGGACGCUAAUAGAGUCGCCUGCUGGAGGCAAAGUCUGGUCUAUUGGGAGACAACACAUUUCUGUUUAAAAUGUUUUAUCUUUUUUUCCCCUCCUACCGUCUCACACUCUUUGUGUGGAAAGCGAUCCCCGUAGCUGUCUGGAUCAAAUCUUCGCUGUGUUUGUUUCUCUCUGCUGUAUUAUUUAUUAAAGUGUCACAUGAUGUGGGGUUUACAUCAUCUUUUCCCCAAAGAGAAAGGUAAUCAUUAACUCUUGAAGCGCUCGCCUUGUCUAACGAACCUUUGUCAUUCUUUUACAGGUGGAUGCUAGAAAAUAUUUGGUGCAUUUCGAAUGCAAAAUCAUUUAGGCUAGCACACAAAUAUUAAUUUAGCAUAUUGUACGAUUGUAUAUACCGCACUAUAUAGGCUAGGAGGUUAAAAUCAUUUACAGAAAUGUAUCGAACUUAUUAAAAAUAUGCAUAAUAAGGAAUGAUAACGAUGGUGGUUCAUCGCAUUUGUGAAAUCGUAUGGUAGGCUAAGUAUAUAGUAUAGUAUGCGAUGGGAACAUGUUUCUUGUCCAGAAAAACAAAGCCGUGUACAAUUUCAUAAACAAAGCUUUUGCUAGUUGAACAGCGACAGACGGUCAGGCUUACGCAUUGUGGAACAAAGUUUGGCUCAGCACACUCUUCCAGCCGGACUGUUUUUGAAGAUGGAGCCAUGGUUUCCGUAGGUGGCUAUAAUGUUAGCUCGCUGGUAAGCUAGCUAAAGUCGCCUUACGUUACCCGCUGGAAUAAUGAAAUAAACCUAAGUGUUGCUACGGUUUUCAAAACUGAGAUGGAAGGAGAUGAGUUGCAUACGUUUAGAGAGCAGUGGGAAAAAGAAUUAAAGAAAACGACCAAGAAUGCAAGGAAGAACGUCACUAAGAGUACUCACUUCACGUCAACAAACGAAGACACUAAAAAUCGCUAUUUCGUGGACCAUCAAAAAGAAUCUGUGCACACAAGAAACCAGAAUAAAUGUGUAUCUGAGCCCCAGGAAAGCAGCAGCAACCAAAGUUCGCGGGAGGAAACUGAAUGGGAAGCAUCAAGUGACCCCACGUCAGUGAAGUCUGCAACUGAUCAACGGGACGCAAAUUACCAACCAGAAUAUGUGUCGAUAGCGGAGGGUCUUUUGGACGGCAGGACCAGUCCAUUGCGGGACAGAAUUCAGGCUGAGAGGCAGCGAGGGAAGAGGCAGUUUGAUGUCGGGGCAAAUGUAAAUCACAGUCGAGCAAUCCAAAAACAGCCGCAGUGCAAAGUGGCUAGAGGUGACGCAUUUGUGGAACAAUUAAUUCAGGACUUGAAUGAAAUUAAUGAUAUUCCAUUCUUUGACGUGGAGCUACCCUAUGAGUUGGCAUUGAAGAUAUUCCAGUAUCUCAGUCGGGCAGAACUAGGGCGGUGUGCUCAGGUAAGCAAAGCUUGGAAGGUUCUGGCUGAAGAUGAGCUCCUCUGGUACGGCCUGUGUUUGAAGGAGGGCUAUCACAGUGAUUCUGGUGUCUCUGACUCUCCUUGCUGGAAGAGUACCCUGCGAGACUGCCUGGAAAAUGAAAGAGACCUACGAUACAACUGGAAGGUAUGGCACUCAUAUCACGCUCAGACAUCCUGUGCACAGUAUGUGAUUGCUGGGUACACGUCGGGGGACGUCCGGCUGUGGGACACCCUGCACUGGGACUCCGGGGCCUCGUACCUGCGCCCCACUCACCUGGCCAUGGGCGUGGCCACAAGGCCGCACGUGAGCCAGGUCAGCGUCAACGAGACCGUGGCGGCCGCCGCGUACGACGACGGUGAGAGCGAGAUUAGUGACGGACACCGCGACCGUCCCUCCACGGGCCUGCCGGAGCGGAUAGCUGCGACGCUGGCCUGCCCCGUGGAGAAAGGCUACUGGAGGACACUGUGUCAGGCGGAGCUCCCGAAACCUGUGGAGUCUCUGCUCCUGGUCCCAGAGAAGCGGGGCGCGCCCCUGGCGGCGGCGUCCGCCGGCGACACCGUGUACCUGCUCCGGCCCGAGCGGGACCCCGGAAUCCUGCACUCGGUCUACGGGCACCCGGUCACCUGCCUGGACGCCGACCCGUCCCGGGCGGCCCUGGGGGUCAAGAGCAGCGGCUGGGCCAUGCACGACGGCGGCAACAAGAUUCACGUGUACAGCUUAGAGACGGGCCAACCGGAAGCUUCCGUGGGCAACUCUGCGGGCGACUUCACCUGCGUCAAUCUGAGAGACAGCCCCGCCCACCUGCUGGUGUGCGGCAACAAAGACAGAAGGGUGCGCGUCUUCGACCUGCGCUGCGGCGGCGGCUCGCCCGUGACCUCGCUGUACGCCCACCACCUGGGCGUGACCGCCGUGCAGGCGGACGACUGGAAGGUGGUGAGCGGCGGCGGGGAGGGGCUGGUGUGCGUGUGGGAGAUGAGGACCGGAGCCAAGCUGUGGGAGAGCCACAACAGGCACCCCGUACGGCACGUGCACUUUGGCCCCCGCACCCUGGUGACGGCCAACGUCCCGGACGAGAAGUCGCCCCGCGGGGCCUGCAUCACCGACGAUGACCUCACCGCCCACCGCAGACACAGGGGGGUCAUCUGCCUCUACGACUUCUCCGUGGACACGUCCGCUGCCGACCACGUCCUGCCCAUCUGCCGGUCCGGCUACGUGGAGUCUUCCGGAUACAACUACAACAUCGGCCUGGCGAUGCCGUACGACGCCCUCGCGGGGGUGCAGGCUCCCGUGUGACUCGCCGUGGCCAAUCCUGACUGAGCACCCGCCGGCUUCAUUUCAAAACCUUCCUCACCAAAAUCUUCCCCCUCUUUUUAAAGUCACUAAGUUAUUUUUUCCAGGGUGUUCUUCUAAAAGAAGAGUCCGCUCAUGAACUGCAUGGAGGUCUAUGGCAGUGGAACUCUAUGGCAGCGGAACUCUAUGGCAGUGGUACUCUGGUCUCAUUUUAACAGGAACUGCCCUGACCGAAUCACUUCUGAACCCUGCAACCCCCCUCUCAGAAUUUAGCAGUCGCUUCACUGCAGGUUAAAUGGUCUGAUUCCAAGUGAAAUUACAGUAAUGAUAUCGUUCCAUGUUUUUUCAGGAUAAAGUUAUGGAGCAGGAUACAGGUGGGGCAGUGUUUAUUUUGGAGAAGGUGUCAUAAAUUGAUUCAUUCAGCAGAUACGAUUCUGUCUGGAUCUACUAUAGGUUGGCCACUAUGUGCUUUGUCAUUAAAUUUUUAACAAAAUCAAGCAGCAUUAAGCUUUUCUAUUGCUUAUACAACUAUAGCACUACAGUGUUCCCUGAAAUGACUGUAAAAAAUGACUGUAAGUAAUAAAGAAGGCAGUGCUCGAUCAGUCCAGUCCAAGUUAAGCACAAAGCACAUUGUGACUUGACUGAAUCGGUGCCUCAAGUUUUGUGUAA